AUGAGUGCUCUUGCUGCUGCCCGCUACGGAAAGGACAAUGUCCGCGUGUACAAGGUCCAUCGCGAUCAGAAGACCGGUAUACAGACCGUCGUCGAGAUGACCGUUUGUGUGCUCCUUGAGGGUGACAUUGAGACCUCUUACACCAAGGCCGAUAACAGCGUCAUAGUUGCUACCGACUCGAUCAAGAAUACCAUCUACAUCAAAGCCAAGCAAGAAUCCGUUACCACCCCAGAGGUGUUCGGCGCUAUCCUGGGCACCCACUUCAUCGAAAAGUACAGCCACAUCCACUCUGCGCAUGUCAACAUCAUCACCCACCGCUGGGUGCGCAUGGAAAUCGAUGGCAAGCCGCACCCUCACUCGUUCAUCAAGGAGGGCGGUGAGACCCGCAAUGUGCAGGUCGACGUUGUCGAGGGCAAGGGCAUUACCGUCAACUCGGCUAUCAACGGCCUGACCGUCCUCAAGAGCACUGCCUCUCAAUUCUGGGGCUUUGUUCGCGACGAGUUCACCACUCUCAAGGAGACCUGGGACCGUAUUCUCAGCACCGACGUUACUGCCAACUGGCAGUGGCGCAACUUCGCCAACCUGGCUGAGGUCAAGGCUGUCGGCACUUCCUUCGAUGCUACCUGGGAGACUGCCCGCAACAUCACCCUCAAGACAUUUGCUGAGGAGAACAGCCCCAGUGUCCAGGCCACCAUGUACAACAUGGGCGAGUCGAUUCUUGCCAAGCAGCCUCUGCUUGAAACUGUGACCUAUGAGCUGCCCAACAAACACUACUUUGAGAUUGAUCUCAGCUGGCACAACGGUCUCCAGAACACUGGCAAGGAUGCUGAGGUUUACGCUCCCCAGUCCAACCCCAACGGUCUUAUCAAGUGCACUAUUGGUCGUGCUGGCGCUAAAGCUAAGCUGUAA